AUGGGCGGAAGUCAGACCGUCAAUGGGCAAGCAAUGUAUUGCUUGACCGCGUCGGGAUCCAAAGUUGACGUCGACAAACUCAAGGCGUGCUCAGAAGACGCAGCAAACAAGCCAUUUAUGAUUGGAUCUUCGGUAUUGUGCCACGGCGGCCGCGUCAUCAUUGCCGGAGGCGGUGCGACCUGCUUUUCCAUGGGUACCUUCUGGGACACGAAUGUGUAUCAAGCCCAAAUGCCUACAAUCCUCAGUGGUGACCGGAAACUACCAAAGGAAGGAGGUCAAUCUACUGAGGUGGUGGUGCACGAAUGCCUGCUGGAAAACGGUAAGAUGGAUUUCAACGCGAAAAACUUUAGAUAUAUCACAGAUGACUUUGGCACCAUCAUGACCAGAGCCAACAAUGGCGAUCGACUGUACCUACGCUCGCUGUCGAACGACAAGCCAGCUGAGCAGCCGGCCAAGCUCGAAGAUGACUACCCUGGAUUGGCCGCAGAGUUUUCACUGCCAGAACAGCUUAGCUACGUAAAGACGCAGAUCUUCAGCUCUGUGUUGCGCGUCUCUGGCAAGGUUAACAUGUGGUUACACUAUGAUGUCAUGGCCAAUGUGUAUGCCCAGAUUGUCGGAUCAAAACGCAUGAUCCUAUUCCCACCAAGUGAUGUAUCUCAACUAGCAUUUGCGCCCGGAGCCUCCAGUUCGAGCGUGGACGUAUUCGCAGCGCUUGAAACGGCCAAGCUGGCGAGUACGCGGCCUCAUGAAGCCAUGGUUGGCCCUGGUGAUGUUUUAUUCCUGCCACCUCUCUGGCUGCAUGCUGCAGCACCCACGACAAACAUGAGUGUUGCAGUAAAUGUCUUUUUUCGCGAUCUGAGCAGCGGGUACGCCUCUGGACGAGAUGUGUACGGGAACAGGGAUCUGGCGGCCUAUGAAAAGGGCAGACAAGACGUUGCCAAGAUUGCAAAGCAAUUCCAACAACUGCCAGAAGAGAUACGCAAAUUUUACUUGACAAGACUCGCAGAUGAGCUGUUGCAAGCAGCGGGAAGCAAUUGA